AUGGGCACUGAGCAUUCAAAUAACUUUACACGAGCUAUUGUCAUUGAGUUCAAAGGGGGAGAAAGACGGAGAUUGGAAGUUUGUGGAAAAAAUAAAAAUUAUGUUGACAAGAGAUUUAAGCUAAUUUUGCCACUUGUAAGAAUUACAUUAAACUUAAUCACUGACGUGAAAGUAUUUGUCACUCAGCUAUUUAAAGUUGAUGUUGAAGAUCGUCUUCAUUUCAACGAGAUUCUAAAGCUCAUUCAUCAGCAUAAAGAAGGAAAAGAAUAUCAAGAACAACAACGUUUCUAUUAA